UGCCGGGAAGCGCUGGAUGUUGCUACCGUGGAAACCCUCGAAGAAGAAGAAGAAGCAACGACGUCACGAUAGUAAACAAGAGCAUGUCGCACAGACAGACUCAAGCAAGAGAAAUGAACGGUCAAGCGGACGUCGAAGUUGACUACAAGCGGAAAUACAAAAAUCUCAAACGAAAAUUAAAAUUUCUUGUUUAUGAGCAGGAAUGUUUUCAGGAGGAGCUGAGGAGAGCACAGAGAAAACUUCUCAAAGUAUCCAGGGAUAAAAGCUUCCUUCUGGACAGACUGCUACAGUAUGAGAGAGUAGAUGAAGACUCUUCAGAUUCAGAUGCAACAGUUUCAUCAGAAAAUAGUGAAGGAGAAGGCCCCAGGGAGAGGGAAAGGGAACGAGAUGCAGCAAAGAAGCGAAGAAGUAGUCCUGGAGCUUGUCUUCCUUCAUCGUCCUCCCCUCAUCUCUCCCUUCUGUCCCGUCCUGGUGUGCAUCCCCUACAGUCAUCGGGCUCUGGACCCUACCUCAACACUAUGCCCUUCCCACCAGAGUAUUUGGCUCCCCCAGCUGAACGAAUGAAGAAAGAGAGAAAAACAAAGACGCCUAAAAACAAGAGAGAGACAACUGGGAAGGUUGUUGCCCCAGUGGCAGCUAAUUACCCGUCAGCCACUGCGGCCCCUCCGGCAGGCAGCGGCCCCUUCAGCUGGGUUCCCAGACAGAUGCUCAGUGGAGAUGCAGCUGAGGAGGAGGGAGACAGCGAUGCAGACAGUGACAGGGGAGAUGAAGACAGAGGGGAAGGAGACGAAGCAGAACUGGUCAUUGACAUCCCUAAUGAGUGAGGAUGAGUGUGUGUUUAGAUGUGUUUAGCCCUAUUUGCACGGGACUAGUAUUAUCUGGGGGCCACAGGAAGUUUGUAAUAAUUACAGAGGUCAUCUGUGAUCUUAAUCCUGUGUGAAUCUGAUAUGUCUGUAGUUUGUGAAGUUAAAAUUUCACAGCAAAUUACCAACAGUAUUUUGCCAAACACAGAGGUCAUGAGAUAAUAUUGGUUCUAUGUGAAUCGGUAUCGCUGUGAUUUGGGAUUGUACGUAGGUUUCCUGUUUCCUCCGCGUCUUGUUUCUGCCUUUUUUCCACUCAAGGAUUACAAACGAUGCAUUGGCAUUAUCCAUGAAAGUUCGGACAGCAUUUUGGGUGCAGGAGACUUAUUUUGCUACACGGCAUGGAGACCUUUUCACCAAAAAAGAAAGUUCAAAUCAACCAGAAGAGCAAACUCUCCAAAGAUGAUUAGAUGGAUAAUGUGAUAAUGUGUGGUAGAAUCAGUUUGUUUCACCCACAUUUAAAAGAAAAAGAGGUUAAAAUUGUACAUCAGUGCUAUGUAUUGUUUCUGUGUUUUGUUGCCUUGAGUUACAAAUGGCUGUUUGCGUCAUAUCUGGGGGCUAAUGUCAAUAAAUAAAUCAAGUAAAAUACAGUUUUCGCUUAUCUUGAGCAAACGUGACGCACAAAACAAACACCGGGGGAAAUUUUUAAAUCACACAAUGUCCCCAGGUAGUUCUUGUCCCAUCUGAAUAGGGCCUUUAUAAGCAAAGGACUGAGGAUUUGUACAUUUGUGUGUUUGAGAGCAAAGACUGAAUGUGACUGACUAUAUUCUCUGUAAAAAGCAGCCCAUUACACAUUUUCAAAAGGAGGGCCAAGCUCCCUCCUGUGGACUUUUGUCUAACUGCAAUAUCACUGUUAAAAAUAUCUCAGAUAAGUGGUUUUCCAAUAUUAUGUUAGGAAAUAUAUGUGUGACGAAAUUACAGUUCGUAAGCUUAUAAGAAAAAAACACUGUCUCUGGGAUGAUGGGAUAUUUUACUGUUUUUGCAAGCUGGCUGCUGAUUAUUUGUUGUUUAAAUAGUCUCAACAACUAUGACUAAAACUAGGUGAGUCCUGCCCGGAGAGAGUCUUGAUUUAUUUAUAUUUGCAUAAACUAAACACCAUCUCAGACUUGCUGUUGCGUAAACACUGCAGUCCAUUAAAGCUGUUUUAGUAUGAUGUAGGUGUUUCAAAUGUUCUCAUCUUCUUUGCUUGUUACAGGCAGUUUUGACACCUGCCAUUUGUACUUAUACUAUGUUAAUGUUUUUUUAAACAAAUUUUCAAAAAAAUCAAAGCUUAUUCAUGUUGAUUAUUUUUGCAUCUGUCCAAUUGCAUUUGUCGGAGAAUAAAAUGUAAAAUGCUAUCGUUUCA